AUGAAGUCUGUCAUCGCCGCCGCCGGCCUCCUGGCCGUUGCCAACGCCUACCAGCCCCGCCACUACCACUGGCGCCGCCAGAACGAGACCUACCCCGAGGUCCCCGCCGGCUACACUACGCUGACUGUUGAGGUCACUGAGGUCGCCACCAUCACCUCGUGCGCUCCUACCGUCACCAACUGCGCUGCUGCCUCCAGCACCCUCCCCGCCUCUGACCUGUCCGUCAUUGUUGUCACCAACACCGUCGUUCUCUCCACCACUGUUUGCCCCGUGGCCGAGGCUGCCACCAUCUCCAAGUCCAUCAUCAAGGAGCACGAGACCGGCUCGCUUCCCGGCUCCACCAAGACCGGUGCCGUCCCCGGAAUCACUGAGGGCCCCACUGCUCCCGCUCCUACCGGCUACCCCACCCCCGAGAUCACCACCUCGGCCGCUCUCCCUGAGGCCCCCGUUGGUGACGACGAGGAUGAGGAGGACGACGACGAGGACUGCCCCACCGACGAGGGCGAUGACGAGGAGGAGGAUGACGGUUCUUCCGAGGGCGAGAACGUCCCCUCUCAGACCAAGCCUUACGGCGACGCCACCGUCACUGGUGCCAUCCCCGGCUCCGGCUCUGACGAUGAGCUGACCACCACCACCACCGCUACCUCCACCGGCACCAUCACUGUCACCGUCGAGAAGCCUGAGGAGACCGGCACUGGCUCCACCCCCGGCUCCGGCUCCGACAACGGCUCCUCCGAGGGUGAGGGUGCCUGCCCCUCCGUCUUCCGUUGUGACCGUCACGCCCCUGCUUCCACCGUCUACGAUUGUCGACGAGGAGGACGAGGAAGGACUGCCCCCACCGACGACGUUGUCACCCAUGUCCCAAGACCAUCACCGUCGAGCCCGUCCCCUUACCCUACUGGCAACAACGGCACCCUCCCCAGUGGUGUUCCCAAGCCCACCGGUGCCCCUGUUUACAACCCUGUUUACAAAGCGCACCCCGCUUCAGCAACGCAAGCCCCAGAGGCUCGUCUAAGUCUCUGA